AGUCGAGGCUGCGAGGGCGCGCUCCGGGAGGAUGGACGGGUCUGGGGAGUGCAGCCUCCCGGAGCAGGGCAGCCCCGGCUCUGCGGCCGGCGACGACAUUGAGAUAGUCGUCAACGUGGGGGGAGUGCGGCAGGUGCUGUACGGAGACCUUCUCAGCCAGUACCCGGAGACUCGGCUAGCAGAGCUCAUCAACUGCUUGGCUGGGGGCUAUGACACCAUCUUCUCCCUGUGCGACGACUACGACCCGGGCAAGCGCGAGUUCUACUUUGACAGGGACCCGGACGCGUUCAAGUGUGUCAUCGAGGUGUACUAUUUCGGAGAGGUCCACAUGAAGAAGGGCAUCUGUCCCAUCUGCUUCAAGAACGAGAUGGACUUCUGGAAGGUGGACCUCAAGUUCUUGGACGACUGCUGCAAGAGCCACCUGAGCGAAAAGCGAGAGGAGCUGGAGGAGAUAGCUCGCCGUGUGCAGCUCAUCCUGGACGACCUGGGUGUGGACGCGGCCGAGGGCCGCUGGCGCCGCUGCCAGAAAUGCGUCUGGAAGUUCCUGGAGAAGCCGGAGUCCUCGUGCCCGGCGCGGGUGGUGGCCGUGCUCUCCUUCCUGCUCAUCCUCAUCUCGUCGGUGGUCAUGUGCAUGGGCACCAUCCCCGAGCUGCAGGUGUUGGACGCUGAGGGCAACCGCGUGGAGCACCCGACGCUGGAGAACGUGGAGACGGCGUGCAUCGGCUGGUUCACGCUGGAGUACCUGCUGCGCCUCUUCUCUUCGCCCAACAAGCUGCACUUCGCCCUGUCCUUCAUGAACAUCGUGGACGUGCUGGCCAUCCUCCCCUUCUACGUGAGCCUGACGCUCACGCACCUGGGCGCCCGCAUGAUGGAGCUGACCAACGUGCAGCAGGCGGUGCAGGCGCUGCGCAUCAUGCGCAUAGCCCGCAUCUUCAAGCUGGCGCGCCACUCUUCGGGCCUGCAGACCCUCACCUACGCUCUCAAGCGCAGCUUCAAGGAGCUGGGGCUGCUGCUCAUGUACCUGGCGGUGGGCAUCUUCGUCUUCUCCGCCCUGGGCUACACCAUGGAGCAGAGCCACCCUGAGACGCUGUUUAAGAGCAUCCCCCAGUCCUUCUGGUGGGCCAUCAUCACCAUGACCACCGUGGGGUACGGGGACAUCUACCCCAAGACCACGCUGGGCAAACUCAACGCAGCCAUCAGCUUCCUGUGUGGUGUCAUUGCCAUUGCCCUGCCCAUCCACCCCAUCAUCAACAACUUCGUCAGAUACUACAACAAGCAGCGCGUCCUGGAGACGGCCGCCAAGCAUGAGCUGGAGCUGAUGGAGCUCAACUCCAGCAGCACCGGGGAGGGCAAGGCUGGGGGUUCCCGCAGUGACCUGGACAACCUCCCGCCAGAGCCUGCUGGGCAAGAGGCACCAAGCUGGAGCAGCCGACUGAAGCUCUCCCACAGUGACACCUUCAUCCCCCUCCUGACCGAGGAGAAGCACCAUAGGACCCGGCUCCAGAGUUGCAAGUGACAAGAGAGUGCCCUGGGCAGAAAAGGACAGGGUGGUGGAUGGAAGGAUGGUGAAGCAGGCAUCUCAGCAAUGGCAGAGAGGGGGUGUCCUGUGUCCCCCAACCCUCCCCGAACAGACUCUGACAAGGCUGGGUAAGACUCCUCUGUGUUGCCUGCUGUCCAGGAGCUGGGGCAGGGUGUACAGAGCCACAGGGCAGCGUGGGGCAAGUGGAGGCCCCGGCCUGGCUGGUGGCAGGGGCCAUGCCCACUUCUGUAUCUCCCUCAAUAAAGCCUCCUGCUCUGUGCACCCUC